AUGGAGAGUGUUUUUGAUUACGAAUUAUAUGAUAGAGUUCUUGAUGAAGAAAAAUUUAAAGAAACCAACGAUGCCGUUCCGCGCGACCUCAACUACCACGACGUUUUCUUUUAUUCUGGGAACUAUCAGGAAUGCCUCUCAAUAAACUCAGUAGUGAACGGCACUCGCAUACAGGGCAAGUACUGUCAAGUGGUGGUGGAGGUACCGCGAGCGCCCCCGCCCCCCGAAGCCCCUGCAGCCCCCGCGCCGCCAAGUAACCAGACGCUACGGCAGCAGGUGAUGUUCGCCGCGCAACGACACAAACUCAGAUUGGUGUACUACAUUGGAUGCGAGGCAGCUAUAGCGAAAACCGAGUCUCUUGACGCCUGGACGUGGAAGCCGAGCCUGCGCGUGGGCGUAGGCGUGUGCGUCCCGCACGCGUGUCGCGCCACGCGCGUGUGGCGUGACGUGCAGCGAGCGUACGCGGGCGAGACCGGGCCCGUGCUGCGCGCGAGGGGGCACCCGCUAGAAGAUCCUUCUAAUGAGGUUUAUUGCCGUCUGCCUAAUGAUUUAACCUGGCAUUACACCGACAGCGUUGCACUGGUGGCAGUAUGUGUGGUAGUUAUACUGGUCGCGUCCGGCACUGCGCUGGACAUACGGCAGCGGCGACGAGGCGCGGCGGGGAGUGAGUCGGUGAGGUCGGGGGGCGGGGAGUGCGCGCUGGGAGCGUGGUCCGCGCUGCGCAAUGGGAAUCAGCUGGCGGCGGAGGCGACGGCUGACGGCGGCGUGCGUUGCGUGCACGGCGUUCGAGCGCUGUCUGUGAUCGGCGUGGUUCUGUGCCACACGCUGCUCGAUGACGUCGUAGUUGAGAACUUCGUCAUUCAUGACCAGGGAGCCUUAAAGUUGAAUAUGUUUCCAGGAGGUAGUUUGUUGAGGAGCGUGCCCCGGCUAUACCUGGGGCGGCUGGUACGGCUAUACCCCGUGCUGAUAGGCGCGCUGGCGCUGCAGGCCCUGGCGCUGCAAGUAACGCCGGGGGGCGCGGCGGGGACGGGGGCGGGGGGUGCGCGUGGACCCGUAUUUGCGCAGUACGUGGCGGGCUGCCGGCGCGGCUGGUGGCCCGUGCUGCUGUUUGUGCAGAACCUCGUCUACACGUGCAGCCCCGGAGCCGACACCUACAGCUUGUGCCUGGACUUGUCGUACUACCUGGCGAUAGACACGCAGCUGUUCUUCCUGUCUCCUCUGGUGCUGGUGUGUUUGGUGGAAGGCGCGGGGGACUCGAGGGGCGCGCGGGGGGCGUGGGCCGCGCUGUUCGCUGCGCUCGCCGGCUCGCUCGCACUCGCGUCUACUAUCAGCUUCUAUCUCAACUUGCCCUUCGUCUUGUCUAUUGAUAUCGUAGAUCCCCUGUCAUUUGAUUAUUAUAGUCAAUACUACUUUCAUACACUACUGCGGUCUCCGCCGUAUUUCAUCGGUAUGAUCUUGGGAUAUGUGCUACAUCGUUCGCGGAAAGAACCUCUGGUAAUAAGCAAGAAAUGCCGCAUCACCCUCUGGCUUACUUGCGGCUUACUGCUGGCGCUGGCGGGCGCGGCGCCGCUGCUGUGUCUGCGCUGGCAGAGGCCGUGGCUGCACAACGCGUGCAACGCCGCCGCGCGCUCCGUGUGGGCCUCUGCUGUCGCCUGGAUCGUGGUCGCCUGCCAUCAUAACUAUGGAGGCGUAGUCUCCUGGUUCCUGUCGCUGGCGGCGUGGCGCCCGCUGUCGCGGCUGUCGUACGCAGUGUACCUCCUCCACGUGCCGGUGCUGAAGCUGAGCGCCGCGCUGGCUGCCGCCGAUACUGUGUCCGUCCGGGACGACUUCCGAGCCGUUAAAAACUUUUUCUUCAUAUUUACGGUAUCGACAGCGCUGGCCUUCGCCCUCACCGUGGCCGUCGAGCUGCCGGCCAGCCAUCUGUUGAGGGCGCUGAAAGGUGGCAACAACAAAGUGGCAGAUAAACCAACAACGGAGUGAACUUUACCAACUACAAGUUAAUCAAUUUAGUUAAAGAGGAUAAAAUAUUUUAUAACUAGC